AUGUUUUCUCCCGCAAUAACUGAGCCUGUUGAGAUCAAAAAUCGUGACAAAACACCAAGUAAUAAUAACGUUCCUGAUACACAGAGAAUUAAUAAUAUAAGCCGACUUAUUUCCCCUCCACAAGGGCAAAAUAUUCAAUUAUCGAAAUCUCAACCUAGCAUUCAGAAUAAACCUGGUACUUCACCUGAUAUUAGGUUAAGUGCUUCUGGUGGUUAUGGAAGGUCUUUCGGAUCUUUGGAACAUAAUUCAGAGGCUAUUCCCAUUGACAUUCCUGAUGAAAGAAAGGUAGAGAUAGUCAGAAAGCACCUCGUUACCGAGGAAGAUUUUGCUCGUAGCGCCGAGAAUGGCGGCAGUUCGACAGAUCCACUUGCACUUUAUUCAACAUCUCAUCAUAAGUUGCGUGGAUUAGACGCAACUCAUGAGGUUUAUAAAUGGCAUAACAAUAUAGAAAUUGAGCCUAUGAAACGUACUCGUUCUCGUUCUUUAUAUAUACCACGACCAACUGAUCCAGAUAUGUCUAAUAUCAGGGAACCAGGCGGAUUUCGUCGUCAUCAUAUGAUGAUGAAGGCAAGGCAGGAAGGCAAAGAGCUACCUAACAUUAUAACCCGAAACUUUAUCGAUUUUCUUGCAAUGUACGGCCAUUUUGCCGGUGAAGAUUUGUCGGAUGAUGAAGAAGAUAAGGAAGAUGAUAUUGUUAUUACAGAGAUGACUCCGUUGCUUCAAAGAGAAAUUCCCACUCACGCUACUGCGUCACCUUCGAAAGCUAUCAUUCCAAUAACAGAAUCUAUGAAAGAACCCGAAAAAUUUCCCAAAGUUUUAACUGGUGUCAUGAUCUUCAUUACCAUCAUUUUCACAUCAAUUGGUGUUUUAUCUUAUGCCGCUUUCGGUAAAGAAGUUCAGACUGUAGUUAUUCUAAAUUUACCCCCCAAUGACCCAUUAGUCCGAAUUGUUCAAUUGCUUUAUGCUUUGGCUAUUCUACUUUCUGUACCUUUACAAUUGUUUCCGGCCAUAAGAAUCAUGGAACAAGGUAUAUUUGAGAGAAGCGGCAAAGAUAACCUUUUGGUGAAAUGGCAAAAGAAUUUGUUUCGAUUUUUAACCGUAGUAGCUUGUGGAUUAAUUGCAUGGGGAGGUGCAUCGGAUUUAGAUAAAUUUGAAGACAUAAUAACGGAAAAAAUAAUUGAUUUACGCCGCGAGUCGGAUCGGAAGGAAAUUUCCGAUGAUGGCAGACU